AAAUUCAAACAGCGCUUCCCCUAAAGCGGCACCCCGCCCACUUGAGUUACCUUGUUCACCACUCUCACACUGACUCGACAUAUUCAUCGCCUCUUGGUUUUUCGUCGUUGGAAGCAAAAAUGGUAGCCGCUUACGAAGAAGCUCGUAACAAACGCCUUGAAGAAAACAAGAAGAAGUUUCAGGAUUUGGGAAUCACCCAGGUUUCAAAAACUCUGUCUGACCUCACAGCUUCUGAGAAGAAGCCCCCCCAGCAAAGGGCUUGGAAGCUGAAAGCAAAGAACACUGCUUUCGAAGUGGAGCCAAGACGAUCCACCCGUCAGCGAAACCCAAUUCAAACAUAUGUUGAUGAUGUUGACAUACGCCUUCGAACUAGGAAGAGGGUGAGGUCAAGUUCAUCUUCAUUUGGAAGCUACCUUGCAAGGCCUUUGGAGGAGUGCCGAAUGGCUUCUUAUGAAGAAAGGAGUGCUGCUUUCAAAGCUGCAGAGCGGCUUCAAGAGAGUCUGCAAUCUGAAAAUCCAUCUUUUGUCAAAUCGAUGCUCCGGUCUCAUGUCUAUAGCUGUUUUUGGUUGGGUCUUCCUUCUAAUUUCUGUGAGACUCAUCUCCCAAAAUCAUCGGACUCUGAACUGAUACUAGAGGAUGAAGAUGGAAAUGAAUAUGAUGCUAAAUACAUUGCCAAGAGGACUGGUCUUAGUGGUGGUUGGAGAGGUUUUGCAUUGGAACACAAGUUGGACGAUGGUGAUGCACUUGUGUUUGAAUUGGUUGAACCCACAAGGUUUAAGAUCUACAUAGUUAAGGUGACAACUCAAGAACAUUGCAAGAAGGACAAAGUGAAGAGUGCUGGAAAGCCAUCAAAGGCAGCCAAGAAGCCUGACCAAGACUCUAACAAAAAACAAAGGUCAAAGAAAGCUACCACUGCUGAAAUAAUCGACAUGAAAACACCCCCAGAGCUUCUACCGGAGAGCCCAAAAAGUGAAGCUGUACUACCAUAUAGACUAAGGAAGAGAGCAUAGGGUGAACUGUAACUAGGAAAGCUUCACAAGUUUUGGCAUCCCCUGAAAUCCCCUGAAAUCGAUCAGCACAUGGUGAUACAGAAAGAGGGGAAUAGUUCAGUGCUUAAGGUACUUGAUCAACUGUUGAGUAUUUUGACUCUAAUAUGAGAAAUUUUAUCCAGCUCCAGUAUGUUAAUGAUCCGGGUUAUGCAUCUACACAUGCUGUGGUGAAUUCUUAUUCAUGCAUGCAUGCAUUGAGCAUCCAUGGUAAUGUUUAUCAACCAA